CUCACAGUGUCAAUCAAUGCAGGAUGAUGGGGAUCCUCACACACUAACGCAUCAUCAGUAUGUUCAACAUAGCAAAUGGCAUUGCUCCAAAUUAAGUCUAGCAAAUUUCCACUGUCAUUGUGUAUGUAAUUAUACUGAAUGACAUUGAAAAAUCUUGCUAAAACAUUUAAAGUGUUUAUGUAACUAUUUGAGAUACUAUUUUCAAGAUAAUCAGCAUAUGAUGUUAUAUUAAAGUCCCCAACAAUGAAAAUACUGCCAGUAUGUAAAAGCGCUAGACUAUGUAUCGCUUCCAACAAGAUUUCAUAGUCGAUAACGGUUACCUGAGGAGCAUAUGUUUUCAAAACUUUACACUCAACAUCACCACAAAACACGUCAGGAUUAUCCUUCAGAAGGUAGCUACGUAUCUGCUCAUCGGAGUAUUCGCCAGUCAAUCCAACUAUUCGUACCCUAGGAUGAAUGCCAGCAACUUCUUUGAUGACAUGAGUGGUGCCAAUGAUCCUUACGAACGGGAACAGCGAAGGUUGCAACAACUAUUCGACGAGCUCUCUAGCGACGAUGAGGAAAUCGACCCAUUUCAUGACAGCGAUGGUAGUUCAGAUCCAGAUUACGAGCCAAAUGAAUCUUCAGAUACCGAUGCAGAAGAAGCAGGUCCAAGUCGAUACCAGGAACAGGAAUUAUUAUUCAACCAUACAUCAUCAGAAGAAGAUAACGAUGAGGAAAGCAUCCAUUUAUCUGAUCCUGAAAGGCAGAGUGAUGAUGGCGACGAAUCCGAAUCAUCAUGGGAAACCACAACAGCGCCAAUUCCCGUUUUUGACUUUGAUGAGAACAGUGUAGGUGUCAAAGUGAAUAUUGAUGAAACUUCUACACCCCUUGAAGUUUUUGAAUUUCUCUUCACGCCGCAAAUAUUAGAAUACAUAGUACAGUGCUCAAACGAUUACGGAGAGUUACUAUCGAAAACAAAUAGGCCAAAAACUAGGCACAGCAGGUCAGCAAAUUACCGAGCAAUAACCAUUGAUGAAAUGAAAGCCUUUCUUGGCCUUUGUUUGCUGCAAGGACAAGUUUCGACCACCAACGUUCGACGAUUUUUUUCCUACAAAGACAUACUUUAUUAUCACCCGAUAUUCCCUUUCGUUAUGUCCGCAAGAAGGUUUGAGCAUAUACUUAGGGUUUUAUGCUGUUCAGCGCCAAAAUCAAAAGGAAAAGCAAAAAUUCAGAUGCUUUUAGACAUGCUUAUAGAUCAGUAUCAAAAAGCUUAUGGACCCACCAGAGAAUUGUCUCUAGAUGAAUCGUUGCUACAUUUUCGAGGCAGGCUCGGAUUUAGGGUCUACAUCAAGAACAAGAAAGACCGCUACGGAAUAAAAUUUUAUGAGUUGACGACAUCUGAUGGAUACGUGUUGAAUAUGGAAAUGUAUAGUGGACACAGCAGUGACCAUACUAACGAUAACGGCAAAACAGAAAAAGGAAACGAUAGCCAUUUUACUUUAACAGAAAAGUUAGUUCUGCGGCUAAUGAAACCUUACCUACUGAAAGGGCACGAAUUAUUCAUGGAUAAUUACUAUAACAGUGUUUCGUUGUCCGAAAAACUAUUGAGACUAAAAACGCAUACUAAUGGUACCCUCAGGUCUAAUCGUCGAGGUAAUCCAAAGGCUCUAGUAAAGAAAAAAUUGAAGCGCGGUGAACAUUUUUGGAUGAGAAAAAAGCAAGUGUAUGUGGCCAAAUGGAAAGAUAAACGAGAUCUUCUAGUGAUAACCACCAGAAAUCAUCCACGCAUGAUCACAGUAAGGAAUAGGUAUGGGAAAGAAAAAAAUAAGCCCGAAGAAGUAGCAACAUAUAACGAACACAUGUCAGACUUUGUUGAAGACAGGUUACUAUAG